GCGGUGUAUCUGACAACUGCACAACAUAGAUGCGUUUCACUGAAAAGGAGCCGAGCUGAGGCGCCCGGGGCUUCAGGAUAGUACUAGACUCUAUGCUUUUUAGCCGGGUGUCACCCAGCCCGUGUUGGUGGUCGUCUCAGGGUUUGACUGCGUUUUCUUCCACAGUAAUGUGCGGCUGUAGGAUUCAGUGAUAGAUACCGACACUUUGGGGAGGCGGGGGGGGGGAUGGGAAGCGAGCAGGAUUGGCUGCUGUAGAGUCAGCCAGGGCCAGGGUUUGUAGUAUAAUCAGGGCAGGUCGGCAGAUACGAAACAAUCAUCAUUUAUUUAAAAAAAAAAAAAAUAUAUAUAAUAUAAAUAAAUAUAUAAUAAUAACAGUACAACGGUUUAGCAACAGAAAAAAGCAGCAGCUUUACAUGAAGCGAUGCAAUGAAGGCAGUGUGAGAGUCUCAAAGCUGGGCAGUGUGUGUGUGUUUUUUAGUGGCUGCCGGCGGAGUGCUUCCCAGCACGGAUAUGAGCGCAGGACCCGGGCCUAGUCGCACAGAUCCGCUUUCACAAAUCGGAAAAAAAUAACCUUAGACUUCACAUUUUUAACCAUUUUCAACUGAUUUUACUGUGCCCGAGGUGUAAAUGGAUGGAGCCAUGACAGAAUGGAUCAAACAUGCAAACGGAAUGCUGGAAAUGUGUUGACUCUCUACACAGACCCACUCAAACCGCAGAGACCAGAUGGCAACAGCGCCCCCUGUGGAAAAGGGUAUGGCGUGGCAGCUGGAUUAGACACCGCAUGCGCCAUGCAGCUGUCGAACGCCGCUGCUUUUAAAAACGGAGAAUCGUACGUGUUCGAUCCACAGGAGCCUUCCUCGUGCUACAUCCCUCUUCGAAGACUGCAGGACCUGGCCUCUAUGGUUAGCCAGCCAGACCUGGGUUUCAAAGAUGGAGAGCAGCAGGGGCCCCAUGAUUUGCACGCUCAGGGGGCAGAUUUCGGAUCGGUCUCCUGUCAUAUUUCCUCCCCUUCACCUCUUAAUAGUGGGGCGGAGGCUUUAUCCAGUCGUGAUUUAGAAAGCAAUUGCCCCGCUCCUCCUCGGACUCCAGAUUUGAACGCAAACGCAGUCCAGAACGGCUGGCUGCACUUGAAGCCAACUGCGCAUGGGAUGAGAACACAGCUUGGUAGUGAGCGAGAUGGGGUGGAGGAGGAGGAGAAGGAGGAGGAGGGUGGGGAAAGGGUUGCUGCAGCAGUACUGAAACACAAAGCAAAGGCAGACAAGAGGAAAACAAUCGUUAGCGGUGGGAAUUCCUGCAAAACCGGAACUCUAGAAGUCAUUGCCGAAAAUCCGGACAGCCGCACAGAGGUGUCCAGUAAAACCAGUAUGCUUGAGCCCAGCUCAGCUGGGGUCCACGCUCCUUCUGCGGCAUUAAAGGACAUGACCAUGUGCUCCACUGAUUAUUUGGGAAGUGGUGCAGAAGAUUCGGGCAGCGACAUGGAAGAGUCCCGGGACGGCUGUGAGGGAGGAGAGCCAAGGGACAGUACAGAGGCCACAUCGGCUACCCCUCAAUCAAAUUCUGGCUGCAGUCCGAAGAAGAAGCCCGCUCCAGUGGCAUACGAGCUUGGAGACCUGGUGUGGGCCAAGUUCAACCGUCGGCCCUGGUGGCCAUGCAGGAUCUGCUGUGACCCUGUGCUCAACACCUACUUCAGGAUGAAAGAGCCCAGUCGCAGACCCUGCCGGCAGUACUUCGUUCGCACAUACGGGGAGAUCCUGGACCAGGCCUGGGUGGUGGGGAGAGCCACCUUCCCCUUCGAGGGGCGCCACCAGUUUGAAGAUCUGCCUGUGCUGCGCAGGAGGGGCAAGCAGAAGGAGGAGAACUACAAAUACACAAUCCCGACUCGGUUUUUGCCUGUUUGGGAGGCCAGUGUGGUCGAAGCGGAGGCCACUCUUCCUGAACCACAGAGGAAAUUCAUCGGCAACUCCUCUGCAAAUACUACUGACCUCCAACCUGCAUCUGUGAAAGAAGAGGAAACAACUCUAACAAGCCCCCAGAGCCCUUCUGGGCCCCCCGAACCCUCAUUGUCAGCGCAGCUGCCCAAUGAAAAAUCACAUCCACCCAGGAGGCCCAGUCGGAAGAAGGAGGUCUGUGCCAAGACCCCGCGGGUCCGAAAGAAGCCUGCUGACUCCUGCAAAGCCUCCGGUGGCUCUAAAGAAGCAGAGACAUCGAGGAACCAGGUAGCAGCUGUGGCCAAGGCAGUCUACACUGGGCCCGAUGACACCCUCCCUGCUGACUGCCCCUAUUCGGAUAUCGUUUCUGUACCGAGGAUCCUUUGUCCAAAGGUUUCAGAACGCACCCCUACACUUGAACCGGUCCAGCCGCCCCCGAUCCCGUUGGAUACCCCCACGACAGAGAUCAGGAAGCUCGCCUCGCGACAGAGACGCAAGCGCGUAUCGGUGAGGAGGGUGCCGAGAGGGUUGGCCAGCGAUGCCACCAGCACAGGCUCAGACUCGGAGAACAGUUCGUUCGGGGGCUCACUCUUAUGUUCUGCGAGCGCAGGACUCUGCGAUUUGUCUGGGAAAUCCAGCAGCCAGCGGGCCAGGUGCCUCCCAGCCAGCAAUAGACUGACGACGAGAGCGCUGAAGGUUAUGGAGGAGGCAGGAGCUGACAAGCGCAUUUCUAGCUGUAGAAAAUCUGAAUUGUCAAACGGGGAGGCGGAGAAGAACUUCACAUCCGCUGAAGGUCCUGUGGAAAGCUUGGCUUCCGCGAAUAGCUGCAAACAAGUGGGCAAAGUUGACACUUCACAAACACUCUGCAAAGACAUGACGCAGCAGAGCACCCCAGGGGGAAUGCACGCUGCUUUAUCAGAGAGAAACAACGCUGCGCUCCCGAAUGGGCCCUGCGGAAAACCAGAGGGAGAGUCCUGGCUGGAUUUCAAAGAGCCUAGUGACUGGGUGCCACUGUCGGAGGACACAAUGGCCCGGGUGACUGCCCUGGUGAAGAGGGAAAACAGCCUCCAGGAAAGCUCUUCCUCCUACACUUCCCCUUCCUCAUCUUCUUCCCCCUCUCCCUCCUCCAACCCUGCAGACAUUGAGAGUGCUGUUGUCAAGCAUAUCCUCUCGUUCCACUCUCUGAAGAACGACGACGGCGGGUCAGGCAAGCCUGCUACCUUCAGCCCAGACUCCAACUACAAGUACAGCACCUGGCUGAUGCUGUGGAAGGGCAUGCACGACAGCCGGGCAAGGGAAGGGCCUCCGAUGCUCGUGGGGCAGUGCGUUGGUACCUCUCACAGUACACCUCCUGUCAUCCCUCAGACUACCCCUCCCAACACCCCUCCAAAAUAUAACGCACAGUCUGCAGGGCUGUCUCUCAUCUCUGGCGCUGGAGGAAAUAAAAGGCACGAAGGGAGAUCGGAGGAGAUCACCCCGGCUAUGUGGGAAAAGAAAAUGACAACCAGGGUGAGAAACAGGCAGAGCAGCCUGCAGGGACCGGUACCGACACAGCUUCCCAGUAAUGCAUUACCAGCCCAGGGAAACGGUUCCAGCACCAACAUCAAGCGAGCCCGACCCAGGCCUCCUUCACAGAAACGGGUGGACCCCAAGGGGGGGGGUGACGGCUCGGGCGACGCUGGUAGGAGCAGCAGCAGCAAUGUUGUGAAAGUCCGUGAUGAAUACGGGCGCUUCAGGAAAGGCUCAGUCACAGCAGCGGCCAAGAGGCGGAGUCACAACAACGUGCCUUUGGAAUUGGCUGAGCACGCUUACGGGAAAGACUUCACGCGAGCACAUAGCGACGUGAAACUGGGCGGGGGCUCCUCUCUCCCAUGGGAGCACUCCUGGACCCAGUCUCCAGCUGGGGCCUCUGAGGACUGUGGACCUGCCGAUAUAAACCGUGUGGCCCCUAAGAAGCGCUGGCAGAAGUUUGACCACGGCUCUGAUAAAGCAGUCAAGAAGGAGGGAGCGUGUGAGGGGGAGGAGAUAGAGGAGCUUGAGGGCGGAGAGACGGAGGUGCCUUUCGAGCUGAGCGGGGGCUGUGAGGGGGAUCCGGGUCACAUCCUGGGACUUACCAAGGCUUCCCAACCAAAGAAAGGGGACGACAAGCUGGCAGGCGCUCAGACAGACACUAAUAAAACACCUCUGACUGCCGGAGAGGUCUCGCUGUCAGCACACUCGGAAAGCAAGCGACGUAGGAAACCCAGCAAGAGACUCCUGGAGUGGACUGAGGAGAGCGAGACUGGAGUGAAGAAGAAGCAGAGAAAAGGGUCUGAGCAGAGCGGCAAGACUGGCGAGGAAGAGAACAGCAGAGAAGCAGCAAGCGAUCAGCUUUCACUGGUGACGUCUACGCAGGAAGAGCUACACACUGCAACCCCAGAGCACCAUGCGCUGUCCACACAGGAGCCAGGCGGCAUAGAGGAACAGGCUCCGCCCCAGGAUGGGCAUGUCCCGCCUCCAGAUACUCUGACUCCACCCCCAGAGGCCCUGUCACCUGCAAAAGAGACCCAGAAAACAGAGCUGGACCCUGCUUCUCCCGAGCCCUGCCCCCUGGAACCCGGGCAACAGUCUCCAGAGUCAGAGUGCCAAGAGAGGAAGAGGCUUCGGAAACCCACUAAAAAGAUUUUGGAGUGGACCAUCGAUGUGGAGUCGAUCUUAAUUCCAAAGAAGAAGCCAAGGGAGGAUUGUCGCAGCUCCCAAAAGGGCGAGCCCAUGAAGAAGAGCGUUUCCUCGUCUCCAGGACUCUGUUCAGCACUGCACCCCGACCGAAACAACAAGAGGAGGAGGCGUGUUUCCUCCCCGGUGUUGCACAAGAAAAGCGUCCCCAGCGCCUUCGAGGAAGAAGGGGGUCUUGAGGAAUCCACCGAGGCAGCUCCUGAGCCUCAGAUCUGCCUCUCUGGACAGCCCUGUGAGGACAGCCCUGUGACAGUGAAAGAGGAGGUCUUCCAGUGCGAUCUGGGUGUCCCGACCAAUAAGAAACCUACAGGAGAGAAAGGCGGGGGCGCCUCCAUGAAGGAGAAUGUUUGCCAGGUGUGUGAGAAGCCCGGGGAGCUGCUGCUGUGUGAGAGCCAGUGCUGCGGGGCGUUCCACCUGCAGUGCAUCGGCCUGUCGGAGAUGCCCAAGGGAAGGUUCAUCUGCAAGGAAUGCACCUCCGGGAUCCACACCUGCUUCGUGUGCAAGAAGCCUGGGCCGGACGUGAAGCGGUGCAUUAUUCCAGUGUGCGGCAAGUUCUACCACAUGGACUGCAUCACCAAGCACGCCCCGACUGUGCUCCAGAACCACAGCUUCCGCUGCUCCCUGCACGUCUGCCUGUCCUGCUACAUCACCAACCCUGCCAACCCCUCCGUCUCCAAAGGACGCUUGACCCGCUGCGUGCGCUGUCCCGUGGCGUACCACGCCAACGAUUACUGUAUGGCUGCCGGGAGCGUGAUCCUGGCCAACAACAGCUUCCUGUGUCCCAACCACUUCACCCCACGCAAGGGCUGCCGCAACCAUGAGCACGUCAAUGUCAGCUGGUGCUUCGUCUGCUCCGAAGGGGGCAGUCUGCUGUGCUGUGAGUCAUGCCCUGCUGCCUUCCACCGGGAGUGUCUGAACAUCGACAUGCCCGAGGGAAGCUGGUUCUGUAACGACUGCCGGGCUGGGAAGAAGCCGCACUACAAGGAGGUGGUGUGGGUCAAAGUGGGGCGCUACAGGUGGUGGCCUGCCGAGGUGAGCCAGCCCCGGAACAUCCCGGCCAACAUCCAGCGCAUGAAGCACGACAUCGGCGAGUUCCCGGUGCACUUCUUUGGCUCCGACGACUACCUGUGGACCUACCAGGCGCGCGUCUUCCCGUACAUGGAGGGGGAUGCCAGCAACAAGGACAAGAUGGGCAAGGGCGUGGACCCCACCUACAAGAAAGCUCUGCAAGAGGCUGCAAAGAGGUUCCACGAGCUGCAGGCUGAGAAGGAGAUGAGACAGCUGCAGGAGGACCGGAGAAACGACAAGAAACCCCCUCCUUAUAGACACAUCAAGGUGAACCGGCCAAUGGGGAAGGUGCAGAUCUUCACGGCAGACAUGUCUGAGAUCCCGCGCUGUAACUGCAAAGCGACGGAUGAGAAUCCCUGCAGCCUGGACUCGGAGUGCAUCAACCGCAUGCUGAUGUAUGAGUGCCACCCCCAGAUGUGCCCGGCCGGGGACCGGUGCCAAAACCAGAGCUUCACCAAGCGUCUCUACCCAGAGCUGGAGAUCUUCAGGACCCUGGCCAGGGGCUGGGGCUUGCGCUGCAAGAGCGACCUCAAAAAGGGCGAGUUUGUGAAUGAGUAUGUGGGGGAGGUGAUCGAUGAAGAGGAGUGCCGAGCAAGAAUCAAACACGCUCAGGAGCUCGACAUCUUCAACUUCUACAUGCUCACCCUGGACAAGGAUCGUGUCAUCGAUGCUGGCCCGAAAGGAAAUCAUUCCCGCUUCAUGAACCACAGCUGCCAGCCCAACUGCGAAACACAGAAAUGGACCGUGAACGGGGACACCAGGGUCGGCCUCUUCGCUCUCGCAGAGAUCCCCUCUGGCACGGAGCUCACCUUCAACUACAACCUGGAGUGUCUGGGGAACGGCAAGACUGUGUGUAAGUGUGGAUCCCCCAACUGCAGCGGCUUCCUCGGAGUGAGACCAAAGAACCAGCCCAGCGCCUCCUCAGAGGAGAAGGGGCGCAAGCUGAAGAAGAAGGCGCAGGUGAAGCGCCGGUCCAGAUCAGAGGUGCCGAAGGAGCGCGAGGAUGAGUGCUUCAGCUGUGGGGACGGGGGGCAGAUCGUGUCCUGCAAGAAGCCAGGCUGCCCCAAGGUGUACCACGCAGACUGCCUAAACCUCACGAAGAGGCCAGCCGGUCGCUGGGAGUGCCCGUGGCACCAGUGUGACGUGUGCGCGGAGGACGCCGCUUCGUUUUGUGAGAUGUGCCCGAGCUCCUUCUGCAAGCGGCACCGUGAAGGAAUGCUCUUCAUCUCCAAGCUGGACGGGCGGCUGUCCUGCUGCGAGCACGACCCCUGUGGGCCGGACCCCCUGGAGCCCGGAGAGAUCCGCGAAUACGUUCCUGAGUCCCCUGACAAGGACCCUGGGCCAGGAGUGGCUAGGGAAAAGACCCCUAAGAGCUUCGCUGCAGCCAGCAAGGACAUCGCAGACACCACCCCCGAGAGCACUGCUGCAGCCAGCAAGGACAUCACAGACAUAACCCCUGUUCCCAUCACCCCCAAGAGCACUUCUGCAGCCAGCAAGGACAUUGUAGACACAAGCCCAGCUCUCACCACCCCCUUUCCCUCCCCCACCCCCAAGAGCUUUGCUGCAACCAGCAAGGACAUCGAAGACACAACCCCAGCUCCCACCACCCCCACCCCCUCUGCUACCCACAAGAGCACUGCUGCAGCCAGCAAAGAUAUCGCAGACGCAACCACCACCCCCUCCACCACCCCCAAGAACUUCACUGCAGCCAGCAAGGACAUCGCAGACACAACCCCUGCACCUACCCCACCUACCACCACCUCCCCCUCUACCCCUACCGUCUCCUUCACCACCACCCCCAUCACAGCCACACCGGACGAGGAAGGAAAGGAUGAGGGUCGAGGGGAGCAGAAGUGACUACACCCCCCUGGCCUUACAGCUCCAUCCCUGCUUCAGUGGAGCUCCUGGAACUCUCCCGACUCUCCUGACCCAGUUCAAAUCAGGAGAGGGAAGGGGAGACUGCAGAGUGAGCUUGGAUUGGACAAUCUGCUGCUCUCAGCUGGAUGGGAAAGACUGCGGGGUUUGCGCUGGAUACAACGUGGCUGCUAAGCAUCACAAAUAAAAUCUUCCUUUUUUUUUAAACACUUUUUUUGGCAAAGUAGCCUUAAGAGAAAAGGAAAGGUGAGGUGAGAUGUAGACCCCCCCACACAUACACACAGAAACACGCACAUAAAACAUAAACCAACAAACUUAAACAAAGGAUUUUAGUUUGACUGCACGUUCAACCAACUUGAAAAGAACUUUACAGUUCUUCAAAAUUGAUGACUCCCCCCCCCCCUCAGCUGAGCAAGGUCUACAAGUCAAACAGCUGCUUGUGUAUAUCUAUAAAAAAAAAAAAAAAUGUUGUAGCUGUCCCGUGUAAACUGGGAUUUCGGGAAGGUUUGAGGGAGAAACAUCGCCCUGUGUGCCCUGCUUUCCGACUGUAGACCCCAGUUGCUGUUUUAGCGAGCAGUUGGUCGCCUAACCCUGCCUUCACCCCUUGCACCUCGGAGUGGAAUAGGUGUGUACUGGAACUCUCCAACACUCAUACGGGCAACAAACAGACAGACGAGAGAGAGAGAGAGAGAGAGAGAGAGAGAGAGGUUAGAAACACACUUGGACAUAGAGAGAGAGAGAGAGUAUUGUUUGUCAUGCAACGUAUUAGAAAUACACUGGGACACGAGAGACGGUAUUCAGAGUUUCAGUCGUGCAACGUAUUAUAACUUUGGGCUCUUACUAAAACUGAGCGACUGGUAAAUGACAAGCGUGGGCAUUUCCAUAGUGCUGCAGUACCAUCAGAUCGAAAUGCCUGGAUACUUAUUACAUUUUCUUUUUAUAUAGUGCUGUGGGUUAAGUUCAGUAGAAGGGCAACGACCAACCUGGACUCGUCCCACAUUCACGUGUUUGUGUGUGUGUGUGUGUGUGUGUGUGUAUAUAUA